AUGGUCUUCCUCUGUGUUCGUGUCCAAACUCACUCGCCUUAUAUGGAUGUGAUCGUAAACGCAGAUUUCAAAUCUAUUAUUUCUAGCGACAGUGUUGAGUAUCAUAACGUUAGAUGGUCUCAAGUUAUACUGGGACAAAAUCAGAAAGCUGACGGUACUAUAAAAAACGAUAGCUCAUUAGACGGAAGGAUUUCGGGUGUGAACAUCUGGCAAAACAGAUUGAAUGAAGCAAAUACCAAAUAUUGGUACAAUUCAGGUCUAAAGAAUCAGUAUUACAAACCCGACAUAAUAGGAUGGCCGGAGUUUGGUAGUCUCGACAAGAGAUUUGGAGACGUUCACUUUGUUAAGGUCGCCUCAAGUGGAAGACGUAAGUUCAUCCGACUUUACGUUUUUGUUCGCUGUUUGUAGUAUAACGUUAAUUUUAUCCAAAAGAGGGGGUAUGGCUGAAGGUAGGGGACCCGAUCUUCUGUAGUUUACCGAAUGCCUGAAGGUCCCCUCAAUGCUUCCUUUGGAUCUGCCAAAGCCAACAAUGAAACAAAAGUCACAACUAUAGUUGAAACUCUGGUUUUAAUCAUUAAACCUAGUCGAACGUUAUGGUGUGUACCAUGAUUACAGUGGGUGUAUCAUUUAUUUAUGGUAAUGUUUUUAUAUUAAGAUUGGCGUAACGUUUCGGAUAGUGAGGUGGAUGUACAAACAACAAAUGAUGUUUCGGCGUCGAAAUCUUAUGAAAGUGGAUCCGGAAUAGUAAUCGACGUUGAGCGUCAGUCACAAGUCACUUGUAGUGAUGGAAGUUAUUUGGCUUCUGUUGAUGGCGUGUUUAUAUCUGUAUCUGGAAGCUGGAAACGAAUCGCAUACAAGCAAACGUUCUUGGAAACUCAGAAGUGCUUUGCAAUUUUCGGAAGCGUCCCUGACUGGUGAGAAAUUCGGUUAAUGUCUCUUAUCACCCUUAUAAGUAUGGACCGUGAUCUAAAAAGGUCUCUUGUAUAACAGAGUGGGGAUGUCGUGGGCUGCAUUGGUUCUGAAUCUUGGCAGAAACCAUUAACUAACUAUCCAGCUCUAUGCAAGUUCAGAAAUUGUUGUUUUCUUGAGUUUGGUUCCAUCUACGUAAAGUUAGUCCAUUAUGGCCUUUCAAGUUUUGCUUUUCUCCAAAUAUAAUGUCAAUGAAGAAGUAAGAACUCUUGGUUCUCUUUCAUAAUUUCAGGGCCACUGGUAUAUUUACUCCCGGUGUUACGGAAUUCGACCUUGAUCUGGAUGAACUUUGGACACAAAAUCUGAAAAGCCCACAAGGUAAUUAAUGCACACGAAAAAUCUCUAAUUAGUUAAAUAGCGUAAAAAAAAAGUGCUUUUUGGGCCUUUUGUUUAAAUUAGCUUUAUAUAAGUUUGGUUUCAAUUUGCACUUUCAAAAUAUAAAACAGAAGAAUCUGAAAGUAAACAUCGCGGUUGAUAAGUAAUUUUCAUAUAGUUAGACUACCUAUAGCGACCUCACUCUGUUUCUCUAUAAGAAAAGGAAUACAGCAUUUUGGCACUAUAAAAGUUACCAAAUGCGAGGCUAGCUUUAUGUCUCAUAUGUUUUGAUGACUCAUGAUUCUUCGCCACAUUUCGACGUUUUCGUUGAUCUUAUAUUAAAAGGACUUGUCGUUACAUCUAUUUGUUCUGGAUAACGAUAUACAAUUAUAAUGUCAUCUGUGUGCCUGCGGUAAUAUAGACAGCGGAAAACCAAGAAACGUUUGCUAUGAUUAUUAUGAUGAGGACGAUGAGAAGGUAUUAGAUUUGUCUCCCUGUUUUUUUAAGGUAAUUAUUUUGAUGGUGUGAAUAAUCAGUGUGGUGAUGGACACUUUUGGAUGGUAAAUCAACCAAAUACACCUGUAGCUGAAGUCAGUCUAAGACGAAAGAGCGGCGUGUCAGAUGCUGGGAUAUCAACCUUUGGCAAGUGUGGGAUGUUCAAGUUCAGGAUUUCUGAUAUUCGUGUUCUGGAGUAAAAAUUCUGUAUCAUUGAAGUCUUGGUCUUAAUAUAAGUUGUUAUGGUCUACACAAGCUGCAGUCCUCUUCGCAGCUGAUGUUUGUGAUGUCGCGACAAACUGCACAGGAAAGUUACAUGGUAUCCCAGAGAACCGUAAUUUGAAGGAGACCAAACACGUUGCUGCCUUUUAGCGCCUUUGGCUGGCUAGCACUUGAGCCCGGCUAUGAAUUGGGAAGUUUAAACAGCACUAGGACAACUAAUUUGCACUGGAACUAGACGGCUGAAAAUCAGUUCACCUUGAAAAAAAAAUUAGAGCUCUCGCACUUGUCUUAUACUGACAUAGAUAGUUGACUGAACGUAGAUGUCGUCAUUUUCAAACUAUACAAGUAGACGACCAAGAUUUCACAAAAAAUGUAUUUUCCCCGCUCUAAAGCUAGCUUUUUCACGUGUAAAUUGACACAGAAAACGUCUUGCAGGCAGAAAUGGUCAUGCCCCAACUUGACUUUCGAAGCAGAAAGGGGAAGUUUUGCGAAUCUUUGACUAAGUUGCCGGUUUUUCUGUUCUGCCGGAAAUCGAAUAGGUCUUACGGUGCAGUUAGCUUUAAUUUUAUCAGCGUCGUUGUCAGCAACGAAGUUUUUAACUAAUGCCUUAAAAUCGCGUUAAAAUUCUUCCAUAGAAGGAUUUACUAAUCACUGAGAACUAGUUUUAAAACUAGUUCUAGUUGGAAAAUUUAUCAUCUCAUUCUAUAGAUAGGAUUUUUUUUCUUUAGCUAAAUUUCUAGUGGAAUUUUACCAAACAAAAACUCUCCAAUUAAGAAUCUUUGCACUGAAAGCCCUCCGGCUUCGUUGUCUUGCGAUUACAAAAGACAUAUACAUUUCACAGAUAUGUUUUCCAUUGGAAAAAUUUGUCUCGCUAAUAGCCCAUCUUGAGGAAAAUAAACCUUAGAAUUAAAACAUUUUAAUUUGUCUUCUAGACCCCUGGGGUGCAAUAAAGAGUGGCAGAAUGAGUUUUCUUUGCGCAGGUGCUCGAUCUUAUAACGAGGAAUCCGUUCAUUUGUAGAAAGAGGUUGUUUUUUACGGACUUGUCAGUGAUUUCUUUCUAUUUUGGAAAUCUAGCUAGCAAAGGGAGGCGUUAAAGAGAGAGGUAACUGAGAAGGAGAAACAUACGGGGUGAGUGGGAAGAGAAAGCUUUUUGUUCACUACAACACCGGUCCUGAACCUGUGGCUUAUUUAGCUCUCUCCAUCCUUAAAAAAAGACAAAAACUGAAACGACUCAAAAUUUUUUCAAAAGAAAAAUAAUAAGGGCAGAUUUUGAAGAUGUUUCCGUCAUGAAUAUAGUAAAAUAAAGCUUUGAAAUCGUUUAGAGAACGGUAGUUUUUGUUGUUAUACUCUCUGACAAUUUUGGCUGAGUAAUAGAUACUGUCAGGGUUUAGAGUGCCUUCCGCAAGUAUCAACAACAUAAAUACUUCAUAGGAAAUUGACUUCAUAAGUGGCGCAGUAAAUUAGCUCACAAUUUCCUGUGAGAACCUGUAGAGAAAGUUCAACUAAUUACAGUGUCUACAUUGUGCUUGAGUCAAUACCGUUUCGGGGGGUUGCCGUUGAAAUCAUCUCGGUUUCUACUGCUAUUCUAAACCAGCAUUUAUGCAGGACAUAAAAGUUAUGGAAAUCAAAACAUACCAACCAAUGAGAAUGAAGGUAUAUGCUUGUUGUUUUUAAAAAAUGUAAAAGCCUGGCCGGCUGGGCCGAAAGUUUAAUCUGGAGGAAAAAAAUUAUUUUUCCAUCUGUUUGCCUACAAUAAGUCAACGAAAGAUAGAACAAAUGCAUGUGUAGCAACAUGUGGAAUUAGCUAAAAAAGCUGUGAAAAACUGGAAACAAUUUUCUGCCACCUUGGAAGGUGAGGAAAAGUUCGGAAUAUAAUUUAUCCCAUUUUUGACGGCUUAGAACUGGCAAUAAGUAUCACAAUGCUGUUGUAAUUGCUAAUUUAAACCAAAGAGAGAUUUUCUUUAGUUAAGUAAAAUUUUUAGAAUGUGGCCGUCGUCCUAAAUACAAAAGGGUGGAUAUCAUGUUUUGGUCAGACAUUCUUUUACUUCGUUCACAAUUGCAAGUAAUGGAAGAUACAAAGGCUUUCAACUAGCUAUUCAAGUCUAUUUUCCUAGAUUUUUUGGGCAAGAUUUCGUCAUGAAAGACCAAGAAAGAAAAUUUUAAGUUAAAAAAACACUGGAUCAAUUCAUAGUAGCGUUUUAGUCCAAAUGUUUUCAUUUCCCUUUAAAUUUUUAAGAUCAGUAACAUUGAGGAACAUUGAUCCAUGGCGCCAGACACCUUUUCCUCAAUGAAUCUUUUUUACUCAGAAUUGACCUGCGAGCUUAGCUAAAACAAAUUUCAAUUAGUCCUCUCUUUCCUUUUAUCGAGAAGACGUAUUUAUCAGACCAAUAACUUUUGGUGGCAAAUAGGUUGUUUUUGUAUGGGCUGAUGAUAAAAAAGUAUAUUCAAAAUUAAAACGCAUUAUUGAAAGCAAUUACUUAACUUCUUGGGCUAUAUUUACUUCUGUGAGUGGAAGGACUUGAUGUAUAUUCUCGCAAAACUAUUCUCGACUGGAAAAGAUAAAAGUUGUCGGUAGCGUCUUUCUAUCGAUGUAUAAUUUAUCACUGAACAUAUUUGACCAACAUCUGAUAGCAUUAACUUGAAACCGUUCGAGCUUUAUAAUUGGUUUGAAUUACUCUGAAAUAGCAAAACUGUGUUUUUAAAAAGUUAUAGUUUUGUUAAUUGAUAAUUUUUACUGUAACUGAUUUUUUACUCAGUCAUCCUGCAUGAAGUAAUUUCAUCUACAAUGAAAAAGAAAACGAAGAAGACGCUCAAGAGAGCGUGGCGCGACUUUCCUCUGCUAUACUGAUUUACCUUCGCUUAACUGAAAUGUAUUCAAUUCAAAUGCAUAGGAAACAUGCCGUGGUCAUAUCGCUUUUUCCACUUUUUGACUUCUUUCACCACCUUCGUUAUGGCUGGCGCUCAAUGCCGGACAGAAAUCAGUAUUCCUGGUAUGGCUCUCGAUGGAUUUGUCUUCAAAAGGAUGUCAGUGACAGCCCCACAUCAGUGUGACUUCAGUUGUGAAAGAGAAGUCACAUGUCAAAGCUAUAACUAUGUCAUAGGGGAGAAAAUCUGCGAAUUGAAUAACCGUACCAAAGAGGCGAGACCAGAAAACUUCCGUUCUGACCCUGCACGAUUUUAUAAGCGGCGGUUUGUUGGCAGAGGUAUGUGAUUAGUCUUAUUUUUUCAUAACAGGUAAUAUACUUCGGUGCCUUGGUGUAUUUCCCUCCAGUACAACCACCCUUCUUGAGUUAAUGAUAAAAAUGUAAUCAAAGAAAUGAUGAGACAUUUCUAAGUCGGUGGCAAGACACUGAGCGAGCCAUCGCAACGAAAUUGCUUCUCAUGGACAAUUUUAACUUUGCAGUUCCCCUGGGUUCCAUUCCUGAAUUACCAGCGAUAUCUUGCCGGGAAAUAAAGGCAAGUGAGGGUAAAUACACCAUCAACAAGAAGUACUGGCUGGAUAGAAAUUGCACGGGACAGACAGAGCUGGUUAAUUGCAGUAACUCAGUGGAAGGUGAUUAUUGGAUUUUCCCACUUUUGUAAUUUAAUCGUUCAUUUGUUCUUUUUAUUUUUACUAUUUGACAUUGAAGACUAAGAGAAAACGAAAGAGGCCUGAGGGAGGCUUCUGAUACUGGCUUUGGGAUAUAUUCAUUUUACUAGAGGUUUUCCAUAGAUAGUCUCUCGAACAGAAAUCUGUUUAGCGCGAAAAAUAACCUAUACCUAUAUUUUUUUAAAGGGUCGUUUAAUUAUAUAUGUAAAAAAACAUUUGUGCUUUCCACCAUGACUAUUCUUUCCGUCACUCUUUCGCCCGGCUAGCUCAGUCGGUAGUUCAUGAGACUCUUAAUCUCAGGGUCGUAGGUUCGAGCCCCAAGUUGGGUGCAUAUAUAUUUUUCUUAAUUUGAAAGUACCUGGGACCCUUGUUCCCGUCUUAAAUUUUCUUCGUUGUAGUGGAAUCUAAAUAUGACAGCUUAAGUCCUCAUUGUCCCCUUAUUGCCUUCUUAUGAAAACAACAAAUGAUCUUAAUUACUUUUCCCCUUGAUUAACGGCAUUAUCAAAAACAACGAACCAAACCGGCUUUCUAACCAUUUUUUACAACUUAAAGAGAUAUUCCAGUUUGCUCUGUGACGAUUGAGGUCCUCGUGAUGCUAUCAAUAACAUCACGAAAGCAAUGGUGAUUCUGUCUAUGGCAAAAACGAGUACUAUGGCAUUAGUAAAGUUCAGACCUUCGGAGUAAUAGUUUGCCUCCUACUGAGGAGAAAUAUCAUUCACGAGUGGUAGUUUUCGCCCACUGAUAUUUUAUGUAGCGUUAAAAAAUAUGUACCCCGUUUUUAAUGAUUCAGUUCACCGUGUCUGAGUCUCUCUGGCUCAGUGGCUCAGUGGUAGAGCAAUGGAGACCGGAAUUACGAGGGUCUAAGGUAUGAUUCCUCUUAGGGACUCAGAACUUAAUCUUUCUCCCACGCUAGCGACGGAAAAAAUGCAAAACGCAGAAAUUUUUCUUUCUCCCAUCCUAAAAAAAAAUAUACUCUAUAAAUAGUGUUGUUUUAUUAACUAGUUUGUGACAGUAACCCAUGUCAAAAUGGUGGAACAUGCGUGGAAGCGCCCUGUGACAAAACCUACGAAUGCAGGUGCACGGAUGCAUUCACAGGCAUAGAUUGUUCAGCUUCAAGUGAGUAACCUCAACUUCACUUUUUCUCUUCAAAAACGCAAGCUUCAAAAAUUACUUUACAUCCAAUCAUGCGGAAUUAGUCGGAAACAUUAUAAGCCGCUACACACUGUUGUCGUGAGCAUAAGGCACGUAGCCACUGGAAACUAACACAAAAGCAGUAAAAACUCAAUACACAUGCAGCUUAUGUUAGCCCAGGGCAUCAGCAUAAGCGUAAGUACUUGAUAACGCUUAAAAGCUGAGAUUACUGAUUUAACAUGGUGUUUGUUGGAAAGACCCCAUGAUUUAUUUCGACUUCAUGCAUGGCAAGAAUCACUUAUCCGCUUGAGCUCCAUAUUUAGUUGUCUCUGGUAUGACUGGUCAUCUGAAAAAACAAACGGGCACUCCUUUCGAAAUUGAUCCUUUCUUUUCCAAACAUUCGAAGUGGACCCUAUAUGACGAAUCAGAGGAAAACGAUUCGGGAAAGAGUUUACACAUAAAAUAGUUACCUAAUUUAGUUCAACUCGGUGUGGUCGGGCAUGGCUUUUUUUAACAUCCUUGUAAUGUUUUGAUUGAUCUCAUCUCAAUUUUGAAUUUUCCCUGAAUUUGGCGUUCCCAUUUCAAACCCAUAUGAAAGGCCACAAAAAUAAUUCAAGCGUUUACAAGAGCUAAAUCUGGCAAAACCUUAGCUGAGCCAUCAUGGGAAAAAUAAAAUCUUAACGAGAUAGACUUUUAUAAAAUGCUAAAAUGAUUCUUAGGAAACAAAAAAAAAAAAGAAACAAAAGAAAUUAACUAACUAAAAUAGCUCUUUUAUUACUGCCAUUUGUUACAAGUAUGGGGUUUCGCUGGCUCGCGCUUCGCGAGCGUUUGAGCUCCGCUAUCAAAUUAAUAAUUUCCGUCAAUUUUAAUUAACUCUUUCCGUCAAUUUGUUUGUUUUCGAUUCAUAGCAACUGUCAGAGGUAAAGGCGAGCCCAGCAAUCAAAUUGACUAUGAUUUUGAGCUCGUGUUCAGAAAAACGCAAGAAACGAGCUACGUGGUCCAAAAUAUGUUAGAAAAAUGGGUCGAUCGCUUCACCGUCUGUGCCUGGAUAUACAUACCAGGCGUUGAACCAGGCAAGAAGAUGACUGUAAUAAGUGUAUUAACCAAGAGGAAUGGCGCCCAUAAAGUUCUGAGAGUGCAAAUCGAUGGACAAGGGAAUUUCGAAUUUUCGUAUGGAAAUGAUCGGUAAGGAGUUUUCGUCAGCUACAGAUGAAUAGAAAUCAAUCAUCUCACUGUCAAAGUUUACAUACGAUACUGUUAUAUUUGAAAACGAAGGCGCAAUUAAUCAUAACAUAAACUUUGAGAAGUAAUUUUUUACGGGUUUCUAAACCGUAAAGCUGAUGAAAAUCGACUGUGAUAAAAAAAAGUAUUGGAUCUCUUUAUUUAGUAUUUUCGGAUUUCAAAGCGUCAUAAUUAACCAUAAUGUUGUUUUCCUUUCUAAAGGACCACCUCUUCCAGCCUAUUUGCUUCCAGUUCCCCGACGGAUCAAAUGGUUUUCCUCUGUGUUCAUGUCCAAUCUCAGAACUCACCACAUAUGGAAGCAAUCGUAAAUGCAGAGUUUGAUUCAACAGUGUCCAGUGGUAGUGUUGGGUACAGUGUUGCCCAGUGGGCCCAACUUAUCAUUGGACAAAAUCAAAAAGCUGACGGCACUGUUGAAAAUGACAGCCCUUUUGACGGAAGAAUUUCGGGCGUGAACAUUUGGUUUGAUGUUUUAAGUGAAUUUAAUAUAGGAAAUUGGUACAAUGAAGGUUCAAAGUAUUUCAUUCCUGACAUCAUUAAAUGGCCGGAACUUGGUUUGUCUUCCAAGAGAUUUGGAGUCGUUCACUUUGUUAAGGUCACUUCUGCUGGGAGACGUAAGUUGAACUGCAACUUCAUAUUGUCGCUCUGAGCGCUUCUCGAUUGAGUCUAGUGCAACCAAAACCAGACUAAUGAUAUCAGCCAAUCAGAACAAGGAAAAUAUCAUAAGGACGUAAUACGAGCUCAAAGUAAAGACAAGCAAACAGCCCUGAAGCGCGGGAAAGCUCCAUCGAAUACUGAAGUCGCGCCUGGUCAGUUAAGUUUUCGAUCUGAUUGGCUGAUAGGGUGACGUGAGUUUUCUGGGCCAAUCACAUGACGAACUAAGGAAAAAUUGAAGUUAUCCUGCUUACUUUUCGACAUUCAAUUGAAAAUGCUCGAAUGCACUCAGUGAGAAUUAAUUUUCGGCUAUUUUGAUUAGCGGGCAAGCUAUCCCUAUGGAGUAAAUUAUUAUGUUUAAAAGGCGAAUUGUAAGGAGGCACACCUAUUGAAAGAUUUGUACUUUGAUUUCUGUGCUUCCGUUUUCGAAGACUGGAUUAAAAUUUCUGAGAUUAAUAUCACGAUAAAGUAUGCAAUGUUCAAGUCAACUUGGAAAAUAAAGAAAUGGGAAGUGUUAUGGCAUUAUAAGAACUUCAGUCACUCUUUAUUUAUAAUGAGAGUAGUUGAUUUUCGCUUAGAUUGAUGCAUUAAAUGCUUUAUUCACCAAAUUGUAGAUUGGAGAAAUGUUUCAGUAGAUGAAGUGGAAGUACAGACGACAAGUAAUGUUGUUGCGGCGAAAACUGUCGAAGGUGGAUCCGGAGUAGUUAUCGAAGUUCAACAGGAGUCACCAGUCGAUUGUCCCGUUGGAAGUUACGGGGCUCUUACAGACGGCGUGUUUAUAUCCGUAUCUGGAGACUGGAAACGAAUCUCAUACAAGCAGAUGUUUUUUAAAACUCAAACGUGUUUUGCAAUUUUUGGAAGCGUCCCUGACUGGUGAGCUUUCCCAUAAUGUCUUGCAUUUCAAAUGAACGUGGAAAUUCCUCUCCUAUGAAUCAACCAAAUGAAAUGCUGUAGAUGGGAAGGGCGGGAAAUUCUCGGACUGCAUAAAAUUUUUAAAAAUGUUACAGCUCAUGAUUUUCUUUCAUCAUUACAGGGCUUCUGAUAUAUUCACUCCCAGUGUUUCAGAAUUCGACCCUAAUCUGGAUGAACUUUGGGAAGAAGAAUAUCUUGGCCCAAAUGGUAAUUAAUGCAUCCGGAAACCUUUCAGAUGUUUGCAGGCUAUAAACUUAAUCAAAACGUUCUUAAGCCUCGAUUAAGUGGCACCAGAAUUUUUCUGUUUCAUUUCUCAUGAAAGUACCCUCUUCAUUACUAAAUUGGAACGCAGUAACACAUUAUUUACUUGUUUCAUGUGAAGAGUUACAACUAUGGUACCACUGGGUGACGUAACUUGAGUGACGUUGUGUAUUAUAAUAGAUCAUUGGUACACACCAAUCAAAAUUCUUGUCGAGUUCAGCAUAGUUAGUUGCGCUGAAUUACUAUUACUUCAGCAUGAACCAAAUUAAGCAUCGACAAAUGAAUAUUCCAUAACUUUUACUCUCCUCAAUGUUUCCUUAGAUAAUCUUUUCAAUGGUGUGAAUACUUUGUGUGGCGAUGGACACUUUUGGAUGGUAAAUCAACCAAAUACGCCAGUAGCUGGAGUCAGUCUAAGACGAAAAAGCGGCGUGUCAAAUGCUGGGAUAUCCACCUUUGGCAAGUGUGGAAUGUUCAACUUCAAGAUUUCUGAUAUUCGUGUUCUGGAAUAA